AUGGCAAUAUUCAACAAGCCUCUUGUUCUUGUACUAUUCCUUGUUUUCAUUUCUAUACUUCCACUCUAUAUAACUUCAUCACCAACCACCGAAGGAGAAGCCCUUGUCAAAUGGAAGGACACUUUAUUCAACUCUUCUUCACUCCAUUCUUGGUCUUUAAACAAUCUCAGUAACCUUUGUAAUUGGACUGGCAUUACCUGCAAUCCUGCAGGAAUGGUUUCGGAGCUCGACAUUUCCGGUCAGAGACUGAGUGGAACACUGGCUCACGUCAACUUCUCCUCAUUUCCAAGUCUCACUUAUUUAAACAUGAGCGACAACUACUUAUCAGGCAGUAUACCAGUAGAUAUUGGAAAUGCAACACAACUUCAGUACUUGGAUCUCAACAACAACAAUCUUCAUGGGAAUAUUCCUUCCUCCAUAGGUCAACUCACGGAGCUUCAACAACUUGAUCUCAGUUUUAACUAUUUGAACUCUAGUAUUCCUCCUGAGCUUGGGUUGUGUACCAAGCUCAGUGUCUUGUCUCUAUAUAAUAAUUUUCUUACUGGGCCUCUGCCUUACUCCUUUUCGAAUUUAACCAGGAUUUCUAGACUAUACCUAGGUGGCAAUAAUCUUUCUGGUGAGCUCUCCCCUCAUCUCUUGAAUAAAUGGACUGAGUUAACUUCACUAGAUAUCUCGUACAAUACCUUGAGUGGUAAUAUUCCUUCUGAAAUUGGUAUGUUGACAAAUCUUACAUUCCUCGAUCUGAGUAAAAACCAUCUUAAAGGAACAAUUCCAAGAGAGAUAGGGAAGUUGAAUAAGCUUCAGGGAUUAUUCUUGUUAGGAAACCAUCUAGAAGGUUCAAUUCCAGCAACAAUCGGGGACCUGGCCAAAUUGGAAAUCUUAUAUCUGGAGUUCAAUAAUCUAAGUGGAACUAUUCCACCUGAGAUUGGGAACUUAACACUGCUUUAUUCUCUUCAUCUCUACAACAACCAAUUGAAUGGAACUAUUCCACCUGAGAUUGGACGCUUGAUAAAUCUCACAUAUCUUGAUCUCAGCAACAACCAAUUGAAUGGAAUCAUUCCACCUGAGAUUGGGAACUUAACACUGCUCCUCAGUCUUCUUCUCGACAAUAACCAAUUGACCGGAGAGCUGCAUGAUUCGGUUUAUCACUUAACUAUAUUGAAACUUGGCCUUUCUUCCAAUAGGUUUUCUGGCAGCAUUCCUCCUGACUUUGGGCGCCCAAACUUGUUUUACAUGGCUUUAGCUCGGAAUAACUUUUCCGGAGAAAUUCCCCCAACACUUUGCAAAGCGACAUCUCUUUGGAUUCUUGAUUUAUCAAGUAAUGAAUUAAAUGGUUCAAUUCCCAGCUGUCUAGGAAAUCUUAGCUCGAAUUUACAAAUAGUCAAACUCAGCAAGAAUCAAUUCAAAGGGACGCUGCCGACAUUUUGUACAACGAACAUUGUGAUUCUUGAUUUGUCAAGUAACAUGUUAGGCGGUUCACUUCCACACUGUUUGUUCACAAAUACGAGCAUUAAUCUUAAUAUACUUGAUCUUCAUGAUAAUCAACUUCAAGGGACAAUACCACAAAUCACCGCAAACUCAUGUAAAUUGACUACUUUCAACAUCAACAACAAUCACUUUCAAGGAUCAAUACCCUCAGCCUUGGCCAAUUGUAAGCAGUUACAAAUUCUAGAUUUUGGAAACAACAAAAUGAAGGACUCAUUUCCAUCAUGGAUGGUGGCUCUUCCAGAGCUGCAAAUUCUUGUCUUGCGAUCAAAUAGAUUUCAGGGUAACUUGAAAUUUAAGAAGAUGGAACAUCCAUUCUCCAAACUGCGCAUUAUGGAUCUCUCCCACAAUCAAUUCAAUGGCAAUCUACCAAUCAAUUUUUUUGAUAAUUUCAAACUCAUGGGAAAUUCAGAUCAAAACAUUGGUUUGAAUACAACGGAUAGAAGACAAAGAUCAUAUUAUGAAGCUUCUGUUUCGUUGAUCAUCAAAGGAAUGGAGUUUGAAGUGAAAAGAAUUCUCAAUAUCUAUACAAGUAUAGAUCUAUCCAGCAACAAGUUUGAUGGUAGAGUUCCACAAAUCAUCGGAGAACUUAAAUCACUCAGGCUGCUCAACCUUUCACACAACAGCUUUACAGGCCAUAUACCAUCUCUGAAAAAUAUGAGCACACUUGAAUCUUUAGAUUUGUCUUCAAACCAAUUGGCCGGCAACAUUUCAUGGCAACUGACUGGCCUGACAUUUCUUUCAACCUUGAACCUUUCAGAAAACCAUCUUUCUGGAGCUAUUCCACAUGGAGGCCAAUUUGACACAUUCAGUAAUGAUUCAUUUCUGGGUAACUUGGAUUUGUGUGGAGGCCCUUUGACAAAACAAUGCAAAGAUGAUGAGUUGCCAGCAGAGGAAGUUGAUACUGUUGGUGUUGGUUGGUUUGAUUGGCAAAUGAUCCUAAUAGGUUAUGGAAGUGGAUUGGUAUGCGGAUUGUCCACGGGAUAUCUUGUUUUCACAACUUUUAAGCCUUUACGGUUUGUGAUAUUCAUUGAGAGAGUUCAACAAAAGUUGGUCGAUAGAUAUAAUUAAGAAGAAUGCAUUUUUUAUUGUUGUAAUGGAGUAUUUAAAAAAAGGUUGUAUCUCAAUCUUUCUAUUUUUAAUCCUAAAAUUUUAA